CUCCCCAUUCUCUUGCACAGGGUGGCAAAUGAUCGCAUGAACAAAGUGCCUACAAUUUAAUAGGAGCACAGAACAGGAAAUACUCAACUGACGUAGCUUAUCUAAAUGUUUGAUAAAAUCAUUAGAUGAUACAAUACGUACUGAUGAGUACAAAAGAAAAAUAGAAGCAGGCUGGUGCGAAAGCUUACUUCCUCAGCAGCAGCCGGGGGUGCCUGGAAUAUUUCCUGCAGACUGUCUGCCUAACAGCUAUAAAUGCAGAGAACCUUUGUUUUAAAAAAAAAAAAAAAAAAAAGACUCGGCCUUUGCGAUGCGUUCAACUCAGGGCAGGAUGGCUUUUAGCUGAAGACGAUUCCUGGCACCACUGCCGCUGUCACUCCUCUCUUCCCCCCUCCCCGCCUGCAGUGGACGUGAUACUAAAGCCGCCUGGGCCAGCUGCUCCAAAUAGAAGCUGCUGACAUGGAGCAAGCGACAGCGGCCCAGGCCUUGGAGCAGAUACCAUCAUUGAACAAUGGCCUCCAGCAUCAGGAAGAAACAGGCCCCGCCUCAUCUCUGGACAUUGAGGAAUCUGCUUUGAAAGCCAAUGUUGUUGUACAGGAAGCCAAGGAUUUGACUGCCAGCGACAAAGAAGUGAAUUUGAUUUUGACAAAUGUAAUAGCAGAUGGCAGAACUGAGAGGCGGGAUCCUGAGCCAACUGAUGCUGAGACUGCAACACACAUUGGCAAAGUGACAGCUGCAGAUGCCAUUGCUGUUGAACUGGAUUUCAAGCCAACCCAUUCAGAGACAAAAGAGGUGGGCAGGGCUCACAGCAAUGAUGGAGCAGGCAAUGGCAUGAUGCCCCAGGGUAGGGAUAAGGAUUGGAGUACCAUAGCAGUCACACAGAUUUCAGAAGUUACAAGUCAGUUUAACAAAGGCAUAGUCUUGGGUCCCAGCACAGGAGUAACAUCAGAGGACACAAAGCUCGAACAGGGCAAACAGGAAGAUGAUGAUGUCAUUUCCCUUGACUGUGAAAUUCUUGGAUUUGGUCCUGAUAUUGAGUUCCUGGGUCCAGAUGCUGAGAUUUAUAUGCAAUUCAUGCGGAGUCAUCGCUGUUAUGAUGCUAUUCCCACCAGCUCCAAACUGGUAGUGUUUGAGAUCACUCUGCAGAUUAAAAAGGCGUUCUUGGCCCUGGUGGCUAAUGGGGUGCGAGCCGCUCCUCUUUGGGACAGCAAGCAGCAGUGCUUUGUGGGAAUGCUGACCAUCACUGAUUUUAUUAAUAUCUUACAUCGCUAUUAUCGAUCCCCUCUGGUUCAGAUAUACGAGAUUGAGGGACACAAAAUUGAAACUUGGAGAGAGGUGUAUUUGCAGGGUUCCUUCAAGCCUUUGGUGCACAUUUCUCCAAACCACAGCCUCUUUGAUGCAGUUUAUUCCUUGAUUAAGAAUAAGAUCCACCGGCUGCCUGUGAUUGAUCCCAUCUCGGGGAAUGUCCUGCACAUCCUGACCCACAAACGCAUCCUCAAAUUUCUGCAUAUCUUUGGAGCCAUGCUUCCAAAGCCACGCUUCCUGCAGAAAACCAUCCAUGAGCUGGGCAUUGGUACCUUUCGUGACAUUGCAAUAGUCCUAGAUUCAGCUCCUGUCUAUACAGCUCUGGAGAUUUUUGUAGAUCGCAGAGUCUCGGCGCUACCUGUGGUUAAUGAAAAAGGAACAGUAGUUGGCCUCUAUUCUCGCUUCGAUGUGAUUCAUUUGGCUGCCCAGAAGUCUUACAACAACCUGGACAUUAGUGUGGGGGAAGCCCUGAAACAGCGCUCGGUCUGCCUAGAAGGGGUCCUUACAUGCCAUCCCCAUGAAACAUUAGAAGACAUCAUUGAUCGCAUUGCCAAAGAGCAGGUCCAUCGCCUGGUUCUGGUGGAUAAGAAGAACACUCCGCGGGGGAUCGUGUCUCUCUCUGACAUUCUCCAAGCCUUGGUGCUCACACCUGCAGGCAUCAACCGCUAGUCCCUCUGAUGGUGUGCAGGACUACUUGCUACUUGAUCUACUGCUACUGCAUCUGUGGCUUGUGGGGGCCAGGAGGAGCUCUAACAGAGAUGAAGAAGGCCUAGCCUCUCAAGAGCCAACACUGGAGACUUGACUGCUGGUUCCUUCCUCUCAGUGAAUCAAGAAAGUUGAGAGGAGACCUGAGGAGGACAAAAGUUCUAACCUCAGAAUUGCCAAUGGAGGUGUCACUUCUUCGCCCCUAAACUAAUAUACAAAAACUAGUCUGCUACAAGUGGGGGGGGGAGGAGGGGUGUGUGUCUUGAACACUGCAUCUGUUGCUUGCCUCCUCUUCUUGGCCUCACUUACAGAAGGAGACUGUAUUUGAAAAUCCAACACGCUUCACGGUCUCUUUUGCUUCAGUUGGAAAAAAAGAUUGCUAGAGGCGCGAUGGCUACUGCUUCAGGAUAAAGCCUAAUCCCAAAAGUUCUUUACCUUUGCUGCAGGAUGAUAGACCAGGAGGUGGAUUAAUUCUAACUUAAAGACAGAUUCCACACCUUGAAAAGGACUAGGCUUAGCGGCUUUAGAAAAACCUGCAGGGUUUUUUCUUAGUUCUUAAAAUAGGCUCAUGUCUUGCUUUGUUAUUUCAUUGCACUGAACCACUUGCAAGGCAUAAGACUAGCCUAGGGUAAUUGUUGCGAGGUAGACAGGGCCCUUAAGUCUGGACACUUUUAAGCACCUAUUCAACGUAUUUUCCCCUGUUUUGAAACAUAAUACCCUCUGUCAACUGGAGACAGGGAGAGCUGGUUUUACUGUCAGCAAUUCAUCUUUCCUCUUAAGCCAGCAGUAUAAAUCAAGAUUUUGUUUUUGUGCAACUGUAGCACACAGUAAGAAAGGUUGUACUAGGGGGGACACAAUUUAAUAUGGGAGAGUUUUCCUCCAAGUCAGAAUAUAAUUUGUACUGUUAUUGCUAUCACAUUUGGGGAAAUAAAUCUUUCACAUUGCUA